AUGUAUAUCAAGCAGAUUAUCAUCCAAGGCUUCAAAAGCUACAAGGAUCAGACUGUCAUCGAACCUUUUUCUUCAAAGACCAAUGUAAUUGUCGGUCGCAAUGGUUCAGGAAAAAGUAACUUCUUCGCAGCCAUCCGCUUCGUUCUGAGCGAUGCGUACACACAGAUGAGUCGCGAAGAGCGACAAGGUCUCCUCCACGAGGGCUCCGGCUCUGCUGUCAUGUCGGCAUACGUUGAGAUCAUAUUCGACAACAGCGACGACCGAUUCCCGACCGGCGGAAAAGAAGUCAUCCUACGCCGUACUAUCGGCUUGAAGAAGGAUGAAUAUUCAGUUGACCGCAAGGUUGUCACCAAGGCCGACGUCAUGAAUCUGCUCGAAGCUGCGGGCUUUUCGCGAUCGAAUCCCUACUACAUCGUACCGCAAGGACGAGUGACUGCCCUUACCAACAUGAAGGAGUCUGACAGACUCAACCUACUAAAGGAGGUAGCGGGAACACAGGUGUACGAAACACGUCGCGCCGAAUCACUUAAAAUCAUGACCGAGACAAACAACAAGAGGGAAAAGAUCGACGAGCUCCUGGUGUACAUUAAGGAAAGACUCAGCGAGCUCGAGGAAGAAAAGGAAGAGCUCCGAGGCUUCCAAGACAAGGACAGAGAAAGACGAUGCCUCGAAUACGCCUAUUACCACAACAUACAGAUUGGAGUACAAGAAGCACUGGAGGAGCUGGAUAAUGCUCGACAGGAUGGCAUUGACAGUUCCGAUACCAACCGAGCUGAGUUUUCCGACGGUGAAAGGGCGAUUUCCAGACUCGACGCGGAAAUACACAAGCUGCAAAGGGAAAUGGAGUUGCUACAGAUCGAUCGGCGACAACUUGAGGAGGACAGACGUGAUGGUGCAAAGACCAUGGCCAAGGCGGAGAUGAAGACAAAGAACGUGAAAGAGGGUCACUCUGCUCAGGAACAAGCUCGAGCUCAGCAUGCCGCUGAUCUCGAAUCUGUGCAGAACGACAUAGCCUCCAAAGAGCAGCAACUUUCAAGGAUCAUACCAGCAUACAACGAAAAGAAACAACAAGAAGAUGAAAUUCGGCGACAACUCGAUCAUGCCGAAGCCACACGCAAUCGUCUGUUCGCCAAGCAGAGCCGCGGUUCCCAAUUUAGAACCAAGUCGGAACGCGAUGCAUGGUUGAGGAAAGAGAUCCAAGAACUUGAAAUCAACAUCAGCACUCAAAAAGCGAACAAAAUUGAUGCAGACGAGGAAGUUGAGAGGGUCCACGAAUCAAUCGCUCAGGCGGAACAAGAGGUUGCUGAGUUGCGAAAUCGCUUGGCAAACUUCAGUGAUGAAAGAGGAGCUCUCGAAGAUGAGGUCGCAAAGGCAACGGACGUUCUGGACAAGCUCAACGACGAACGUAAACUUGUCAGACGCGAGGAUGACAAGCUCAACUCAGUUAUCACCAAUGCUCGCCAAGAAAAAGAGACGGCUGAACGCGAAUUGUCACACACGAUGGAUGGAGCUACUGCACGAGGUCUAGCGACAAUUCGACGAUUGAAGCAAGAGCGCGAUGUCCCAGGAGCUUACGGAACACUAGCCGAACUGCUUGAAGUUAGUGACGCCUACAGACUUCCCGUAGAGCAGAUUGCUGGUGCCAGUCUCUUCCAUUAUAUCGUCGACAAUGCAGACACUGCCACACAACUUGCAGACACUCUCUAUAGACAACAAGGUGGUCGAGUUACAUUCAUGCCUCUUGCUCAAUUACGACCCCGACAGAUCAAUCUUCCUAGGUCGAACGAUGCGGUGCCUCUUCUUAGUAAGAUCUCAUUUGACGAGGAGUACGAGAAGGCUUUCCAGCAAGUCUUUGGAAAGGUUGUUGUCUGCCCGAACCUGACAGUGGCAAGUCAAUAUGCCAGGAGUCAUGGCGUGGACGGUAUCACCGCAGAAGGUGACACAACCAACAAGAGGGGUGCUAUGACUGGUGGAUAUAUCGACCCUCGGAAAUCACGCCUGCAAGCCGUCCAGGCUGUAAAUAAAUGGCGGGACGAAUAUGAGAGGCUAUUGUCCCAGUCUCGGGACAUCCGACAACAGAUAGAGUUCAAGGACCAGGAGAUUACGGCCGCCAUGUCGGAACUACAGAAGGCUAAAGAGAGACUACGACAAUCUGUUGAUGGUUUUGAGCCUCUGCGACAUGAACUGGCCAACAAGUCGACACAUCUGGAGAAUGAGCGAGGCCAUCUCGAUGCAGCCACCAGACGUCGUGAUGCGGUCGAGAACAACAUGAACAGUUUCUUGGAAGACCUCGCUGCACAUGAGACUGAACUCAGGUCUGAUUUUAAGAAGAACUUAACAGCCGCUGAGGAACGCCAAUUGGAAGAAAUUGGAAACAGCAUCCAAGAACUUCAAAAGCAGUGGAACGAGCUCAGCAGAGCUCGACGUGAUUUGGAACGACAGAAGUCACUUCUCGAGGUGGAUCUCCGUCAAAACUUGCAGAUGAAGCUUGAUCAGCUCAACAGUCAGGCCUUUGAGAACUCAACAUCUGGAUCUUCAGCUGGAGGAUUGAAGGAGGCACAAAGAGAACUGAAGAAGGCACAAAAGGCACAGGAAGCCAUCGAGGCAAGUCUCCAAGAGGUAGAGGCCAAGAUGGAUGAUGCCCAGGCUAGUCUGGAGCAGCUGGACAACGAUAAAGCCCAGCGAGAGCAAGCGCAGCAAGAAAUUUCUGUAAGAAUCGAGAAGCAGCAGAAGAGGAUGGACAAGAGUCUUCGAAGAAAGGCUGUUUUGACCACACAAGCUGCGGAGUGUGCGCAGACCAUUCGUGAUCUGGGUGUCCUCCCUGAGGAAGCCUUCGACAAGUACGAGAACAUGGACCCCAAGACAGUGUCCUCCAAGAUCAAGCGAGUCAACGACGCACUGAAGAAGUACAAGCAUGUGAACAAGAAAGCUUUUGAGCAAUACAAUAACUUCACAACACAACAAGACCAGUUGAUGAAGCGACGCGAAGAGCUUGACACCUCUCAGGGGUCGAUCGAGGAACUGGUCGAGCAUCUUGAUCGCCGAAAGGACGAGGCUAUUGAGCGUACGUUCAAGCAAGUCUCUAGAGAGUUCACAACCAUCUUCGGCAAGCUGGUGCCCGCUGGCCAUGGUCGUCUGCUCAUCCAGCGACGUGCAGAUCGCCGCCAAGAACCUGCCGACGAGUCAGACGGAGAGGCGCGAGGGGCCGUUGAAAACUACACUGGUGUUGGAAUCAGUGUGUCAUUCAACUCAAAGCACCUUGACGAACAACAGAAGAUUCAACAGCUCAGUGGUGGUCAGAAGAGUUUAUGUGCUCUCUGCCUCAUCUUCGCUCUGCAAGCGACUGAGAGCAGUCCCAUGGUUAUCUUUGACGAGGUGGACGCCAACCUGGAUGCUCAAUACCGCACAGCUGUUGCAGCUCUCCUCGACUCCAUCUCGAACGAGAUUGGCACUCAGUUUAUCUGCACCACUUUCCGUCCUGAGAUCGUACAUGUUGCUGAUAGAUGUUACGGUGUGACGUUCCGCAACAAGACCAGUUCAAUCGACUGUGUCAGCACGGAGCAGGCUCUCGACUUCGUCGAAGGCCAAGCAAAGCCUGCUUAG